CACGUUGAAAAUGGCGGGAAGACGUGUUUAUAUUGAAUCAUUUUGUUUAAUUUAAAGAUAGUGUGCUUGUGUGAUCAAAAACCAUGUUCAUCAGGGUGUCCGUUUCUACUCUCAAACCAAAGUGUUUGUUUUGGAUGAAGACGUCAUAGACAAGUGAGGACUGAGACUCAGUAGCAGUCCUGGACUUCUGUGGAACCAAAGAUGAGGAAUAGAAAAGCAGGAAUGAGAUAAGUUUAGGCUUUGUAACCUUAAGAAGGGCCUUGGACCCCUGAGAUCAUGCUGGCCCGCCUGUUCAGGCUCCACGGCCUGCUGGUGGCCUCGCACCCGUGGGAGGUUAUAGUUGGGACCCUGGCUGUGACCGUGUGCCUCUUCUCCAUGAACAGCAGCUUCACAGCCAGCAGCCAAGUGUGCAGCUGGAGCGACUGCCCCAAAGCGCAGGAGGACGUCCACAGCAAUGACUUUUUUAUUUUGACCAUCACUCGGUGCAUGGCUAUUAUUUACAUCUAUUUCCAGUUCAAGAAUCUGUUGCAGCUGGGAUCCAAAUACAUUCUGGGUAUUGCGGGGUUGUUCACAGUAUUUUCCAGCUUUGUUUUCAGCACAGUUGUCAUCCACUUCUUUGGAAAAGAGCUCACAGGCCUUAAUGAAGCUUUGCCGUUCUUCCUCCUGCUCAUCGACCUGUCCAAAGCCUGCACACUAGCCAAGUUCGCCCUCAGCUCAAACUCUCAGGAGGAGGUGAGGGAGAACAUCUCUCAGGGAAUGGCCAUCCUGGGCCCCACCUUCACCCUAGACGCUCUGGUGGAGUGUCUGGUGAUCGGGAUCGGCACCAUGUCGGGCGUUCCUCAGCUGGAGAUCAUGUGCUGCUUCGGCUGCAUGUCGGUUUUGGCCAAUUACUUUGUGUUUGUGACGUUCUUCCCGGCGUGCGUCUCUCUGGUGCUGGAGCUGUCGAGGGAGAGCCGCGAGGGCCGUCCCAUAUGGCAGAUGAGCCACCUGGCUCACGUCCUGGCAGAAGAGGAGGACAACAAGCCCAACCCCGUCACCCAGAGGGUCAAAAUCAUCAUGUCUCUGGGGCUGGCCUUGGUCCAUGCCCAUACCCGCCUCACGGCCGAGUCUUUGGGGAGAAACCGCACGGCUGUCGUAGAAAGACCCGACUCGGCCGGCUCCAUGUGGCCUCAGAAGCUCUCCAGCGUGGAGCUGGAGCACGUGAUAACGCUCGGCCUCGCCCUGCUUCUCGCCGUCAAGUACGUCCUCUUCGAGCAGGCGGAGACAGAGUCCUCGCUGUCUCUCAGGAGUCCCAUUAGCAGCUCCCCUCCAGCCCUGAAGCCCAGGGGGGCCGAGGACUGCUGCAGGAGGGACGUCCCAGCGCCGCCGGCCCGCAGGAGCUCUGCCGGUGUCCUAGCAACCGCCUCCUCUCCCUCUGAGCCGAGCGUGUCCCCAGACGAAGACUCCAUGAACACGGAGCAGACGGGUUCGGUUCCUCCCGGCCCUCCGGGCGGCGGGUCGGAGCUGCGGCCGCUGGACGAGUGCGCGGCCGUCCUCGCCGAUCCUCAGAGAGGGCCUCGGACGCUGACUGAUGCGGAGGUCAUGCAGCUCGUCGGCGCCGGGAAGAUCCAGAACUACAAGCUGGAGGCGGUCCUGGAGUCUCCGGAGAGGGGCGUGGCCAUCAGGAGGGAGCUGCUGGCGCCUAAACUGCCCGUGACCUCGGCGCUGGAACAGCUGCCCUUCAAGGACUAUGACUACUCCAAGGUGAUGGGCACCUGCUGUGAGAACGUCAUCGGGUACAUGCCGGUCCCCGUGGGCGUGGCCGGCCCACUCCUCCUAGACGGUCGUCAGUUUUACGUUCCCAUGGCAACCACAGAGGGCUGUCUGGUGGCCAGCACCAACCGAGGCUGCAGAGCGCUGUCGCUGAGCGGAGGCUGCAGCAGCCGGAUCCUGGCCGACCGGAUGACCCGCGGCCCCGUGGUCAGGCUGCCCUCAGCGUGCCGAGCCGCGGAGGUCAAGCUCUGGCUGGAGACGUCAGACGGCUUCAGUCUGAUCAAAGAGGCGUUCGACGAGACCAGCAGGUUCGCCCGCCUGGAGAAGCUGCUGGUCUGCAUCGCCGGGAGGAACCUCUACAUCCGCUUCCAGUCGCAGACGGGGGACGCCAUGGGCAUGAACAUGCUGUCUAAGGGGACGGAGCAGGCUCUGCGCAGACUGCAGCAGCACUUCCCAGACGUGGAGCUGCUGGCGCUCAGCGGCAACUACUGCACCGACAAGAAGCCCGCCGCCGUCAACUGGAUCCUGGGGAGGGGCAAGUCCGCCGUGUGCGAGGCCACCGUUCCCGCCAAGGUGGUCCGAGAGGUGCUGAAGAGCAGCGCAGCCGCUCUGGUGGAGCUGAACGUCAGCAAGAACCUGGUGGGCUCCGCCAUGGCUGGAAGCGUGGGGGGCUUCAACGCCCACGCCGCCAACAUCGUGGCGGCCAUCUUCAUCGCCUGUGGACAGGACCCGGCGCAGACCGUCAGCAGCAGCAGCUGUAUCACGCAGAUGGAGCCGGCCGGCCCGGACGGACAGGACCUGUACAUCAGCUGCACCAUGCCCUCCAUAGAGCUGGGCACGGUGGGCGGGGGCACCAACCUGCCCCCCCAGCAGGCCAGUCUGCAGAUACUCGGCGUCCACAGCCCCAACGAGCCGGGCGAGAACGCCCGCCAGCUGGCCCGUGUGGUUUGUGCCACCGUCCUGGCGGGGGAGCUCUCACUGAUGGCAGCUCUGGCUGCCGGUCACCUCGUCAAAAGUCACAUGACCCACAACAGAUCCAAAACAAACCUGGCAGAGACUUUUUCAAAGCCGGAUCAGACGGCGUGAUGUCGGCGGUACGACUGUAGGGGGCACCGCAGAGCUGACCAGUGUUUUUAAAUGUGCCAAUUUUAUGUACUUGAACUGUGAAUCACCAUGGAAACGAGCCAAAUGGAAGGUCCUUCAUCUGAGAGAAUCUGCACAGAUCAACACUUUAACCUUAAUUUAUUUUGAAAAGCCGGUUCGGGUGUUUUUGUCGUGUUGCCCCUCCCCCUCUGAAGGCGCCGCUGUAUACUGUGUAUACCGAGAGGUUAAGUUAUUUAUCAGAAGUGGCCUUACAGCAUGACGAAGCACAAAAUCCUGCCAAUAAAGACUUCAACUGA